CACCUUCUCCUGUUAGAAAUCAUCUAUAAUUUGCUCCUCUCUUAUUUUCUGUUCUUCGUAUUCAUUUAAUCCUCACGUUAUAAUCGACAACUUCUGAUUCGUAGAUGACCAACGCUGCUUCUCCUCACUGACGUUCCGUUCCACCGCCCUGCCUCGUCAGUUCUUCCAGCUCUACUUCACGACCACAGCCAGCCGCCAUCGUCGUCCACUGCUCUCCUCUACUUCUCUUUUCCUCCUUCAUCUCAUUUUCUUCUUCUCGCUUUUGUCUCACAUUUACCUAUUUUCCUUCACGCCAGUGAGAUAUCUUUCUCUCAAGUUUCCAAAAUUUGUAAAAUAAACUCAAUAUUUCUGGUGUUCAAAUAUUCAGAAAUAGGAGCUAGCUUUUAUAUGUUUUUUAGAUCACAUGUCUCGCAUGUGUUUUUAUUUAAGAAUUAAAAAAGGUAGCAUUUUAUAUAUAUAAAAAAAAUAAUGUAAAAGCAGCACCACUUUUCCCGCCUAAAUGCAUCUUAGUAGCAUUUUGGUGAAUAUCCAUAGAUUACACUAUUUUUGGAUUCAUAAACUAAUUGUAAUAUGUCUGUUUUCAUGGAAUGCAGUGCUCUUUUUUGUUGGAAGAUCAAUCACAGGAUGAAUACUUGCAGUCAGAUUAAGGCUAUACUAUGGUUGGGGAUAGUGGUCUGUCUAUUCACGUUGAUCAAAUCUCAAGCCACUGAUGACCCAUUACUCGAUGUUAUUUUCAUCACUGAUGCUGCAGCAAAGGGAGCUCUUUGCUUAGACGGAAGUCCGGGAGCAUAUUAUUUUUCCCCGGGAUUCGAUGAUGGAGUUGAUAACUGGAUUGUUUAUCUUCCGGGUGGAGCAUGGUGUGGCUCAGUGGGUGGUUGCCUUGAAAAAACCAAGAACCCAAGAGGGUCCAACAUAAAUGCAGAACCUACACAAUUGGCAUUGCCUUUCUUAAGGCCAAACAAAACUAUUAAUCCAGAUUUUUACAAUUGGAAUAAGGUUUUCAUCCUAUACUGUGACGGUGCGUCGUUUAUGGCAGAUAUUGAUGCCGUCGAUCCGGAAACAAAACUCUACUUCAGAGGUAGGAGAAUCUUCACCUCUGUAAUUGAAGAACUCAUGGCUACCAAAGGGAUGGCAAAUGCUGCUAACGCUUUACUCGCCGGAGACUCGGCUGGUGGGUUGGCAACAGUGUUGAACUGUGACCGUUUCCGGUCUUUUCUCCCCAAUGCUUGCCGAGUCAAAUGCUACACAGACUCCGGCUUCUUCAUACAAGCGAAAAAUCUCCCGGGAACCCUGGCCACAAACUAUUUUGCCCCCAUUGUAGCCUUUCAUGAAUUAGCUGACUAUUUACCAAAGUCUUGCACACAGAGACUAGGUGCAGGAUUGUGCUUCUAUCCAGAAAAUGUGGGCGGCGACAUCCAGACACCAUUGUUCAUAGUAAAUUCUGACUUUGAUACAUAUCAACUAGUCAAUUUCAUACAUCCAAAUCAGCCAGACGAGGAAGGAUGGAAAAAUUGCACUUCCACAUUUACCGGACUUCGGAACUGCACAACCAACCAAUUACAAAUCAUAAGGGAUUUUCGGACCACAUUUCUAAAUACAUUGGAGGGUCUCGAUGAUAAUCCGUCACGAGGAUUGUUUAUUAGUUCAUGCUACGUUCAUGAUAUUAUUUAUACUCCAGGGUCAUGGCAAGGAACACCCACGUUUCAAAAUAAGACAAUUCAGCAGGCCAUUGGAGAUUGGUAUUUUGAAAGAAAUAGUGUUCAAAUUAUAGACACUGAACAUUCAAGUCCUAUUAGAUGCUAGUACAUGCAAAUCUCGUGCAAUAACUAGAGAAUAGUUUGAUGAUAUUUGGAAUGUUGUUUUAUAAAUGAUGUAUUUAUUUCAUAAAAAAACUACUAUUAUUUAAGGUUGACAGUAGUAUGUCACUAAAGUUA